AUGCAUAAGGAAUCACAAGGGAAAAAGGGAAAAUAUUUCUUAAUGGCCAGUAUUUCUGCUGGAUAUUCGCACCUUUCACCCCCAAACAGUCAAUUGAAAAGUAUGCAAAUUUCUAGCGAAAUAAUCGUGUAUUCAGUGGUUAGUGCUGGGAUAGUGAUCGGUUACUUGGCAUGGCACCGUGCAACGAAACAGAGAAAAUGGAAAGAAGUUGCAACUGUUACAAAUCUUUUUAUAUAUCCAAUUAAAAGUUGCCUCCGACCCAGUCAAGAACAUCAAAAUCAAUUAAUACUCGAAGCACCUGAGAUGGAUCCCAUUAAGUUCAACGUGCCGACUACUGGUCAAUUAGCAAUGUUUAAACUAAACAAAAAUACAGUUUCAGGAAUCGAUUGUGGAGACGAGGUUGCAGCAUGGUUAACUAAAUUUAUGAGAGUGGAUUCUGCUAGGCUCAUUUUUCACGCUCCCAAUCUUCCCACAAGAGAGAGUUCAUUGUUUGUCAAGUUUGGUCAUCUCGGCGUUUAUUCAAAAAAGUUAAACUUGGUGUUUCAAUAUGGGUCACCUUUCAACAUGAUCUCGCAGGCUUCAAUUGAUGAUCUGAACAAAAAAAUGAAUAACAAAUACAACGCGACAGUUAGGCACUUCAGACCCAACAUUCUGAUUGACGGAUGUGCUCCUUAUGCUGAAGACAAUUGGCGGCGCAUGCGGAUUGGUACGGCGGAAUUUUUAUUUAUUCGUCAUUGCACUCGGUGUCUUGUAACCACAGUAGAUCCGAAAACGGGAAUCAGGGAUCCGGCACAGACUGCUUUGAAAACAUUACGUAGCUACCGGUUAUGCAAGCCAGAAGAAGGAAAAAUGUGCGGAAAUUCCCCAAAAUUAUCUGUAGAGUUUUUAGCGAUCAAGAAAGGAAACGUUUCUGUCGGUGAUAAGGUUUAUGUAAAAGAAUAA